AUGGCUUCGAUUGCUUCGUUCAACAUCUACAAGAGUGCUCUACUCUUCGCUGCCCUUCUUGGGGCGAGCACCGCCCAGCAGGUUGGCACGAACACUGCUGAGGUUCAUCCGUCCUUGACUUGGCAAAAGUGUACCAGCAGUGGCAGCUGCACCUCGCAAUCCGGCAAAGUCGUUAUCGACGCAAACUGGCGAUGGGUCCACUCCACCAGUGGCACCACCAACUGCUACACCGGCAACACUUGGGAUGCAACUCUCUGCCCGAACGACGCAACUUGUGCCGCCAACUGCGCCCUUGAAGGUGCUGACUAUCCUGGCACCUACGGUGUUACAGCUAGCGGCAGUUCGUUGCGCUUGAACUUCAUCACUACGGCAUACCAGAAGAACAUUGGCUCCCGUCUCUACCUCAUGCAGGAUGACAGCAAAUACGAGAUGUUCCAGUUGCUCAACCAAGAGUUUACUUUCGACGUUGAUGUGUCGAAGCUUCCGUGUGGUCUGAACGGUGCUCUAUACUUUGUCUCCAUGGACGAGGACGGAGGCACCGGCAGAUAUCCCGCCAACAAAGCCGGUGCCAAGUAUGGAACUGGAUACUGUGACUCGCAAUGCCCACGCGAUCUGAAGUUCAUCAACGGCCAGGCUAACGUCGAAGGAUGGACGCCAUCCGACAACGAUGUCAACGCCGGAACUGGAAACCACGGCUCUUGCUGUGCGGAGAUGGAUAUCUGGGAGGCUAACUCGAUCUCCAAUGCGGUGACUCCGCAUCCCUGUGAUACCCCGACCCAAGUUCUCUGCACGGGUGACGCCUGUGGCGGAACUUACAGCACCGAUCGCUAUUCCGGUACUUGUGAUCCUGACGGCUGUGAUUUCAACCCGUACCGCAUGGGUAACCAGUCCUUCUAUGGCCCGAGCAAGAUCGUCGAUACCACGUCUCCCUUCACUGUUGUUACCCAAUUCAUUACUGAUGACGGUACCUCCACCGGAACUCUGUCUGAAAUCAAGCGCUUCUACGUACAGAAUGGCAAGACCAUUCCGCAGUCGGUCUCUACCAUCAGCGCUGUCAGUGGCAACUCUAUCACCGACUCCUUCUGCUCUGCUCAGAAGACCGCUUUCAAAGACACCGACGUUUUCAGUCAACAUGGAGGCAUGGCAGGCAUGGGCGCUGGUCUUGCUGAGGGCAUGGUUCUUGUGAUGAGUCUUUGGGACGACCACGCUGCCAACAUGCUCUGGCUCGACGGCACUUAUCCCACAACAGCUAGCUCCACCACCCCUGGUGCUGCCCGCGGUAGCUGUGACAUCUCCUCUGGCGAUCCAAAGGAUGUAGAGGCUAACCACGCCGAUGCCUAUGUCAUCUACUCGAACAUCAAGGUCGGUCCGCUCGGAUCUACCUUCAACUCGGGUAACUCUGGCUCUGGCUCUGGCACCACUACCACCACCAAGGCCACUACUGCCACUACCGCCACCACCACCAAGGCCACUACUACCACCACCGCUACCUCUGGCUCAACCACAGGCGCGGCCCACUUCGCACAAUGCGGUGGAUCUAGCUGGACCGGUCCUACCACUUGUGUCAGCCCAUACACAUGCCAGAAGCAAAAUGACUUCUACUCCCAGUGUCUGUAA